AUGGAGGAAGAAAUCCACCGCAGGAUCCAUGAUGUGCCGUUUAUCAUAAACUGGUCAGCACCACAGAGCAACAUCAGUAACGAUAUUAGCUAUCGCCUCGAAUGGAGGAAGAAAUCCACCGCAGGAUCCAUAGAACCGGCGCGGAUUUCACGGGAAGAUAUUGUUGAAACUCACUUCAAUAUUGCUGAUCUUGAUUAUAACUCAGAAUAUGAAGUGAAACUGUUUGCUGUCAACAUACACGGAGAGAGUGAGCCAGAUAUCAGAACAUUUAAGACAAAGAUUGAUUCGGUGGAAAAGAUGAGAGACAACUUCAAAGAAACAACUGAGGGGAUAGAGAUUGAAAUUAAAGAGUUGAAAGAGAAGCUAAAUAGCUUGAAAACAACAGUGGAGAAAACCACACGUGAAGAUACCAUGAAACGGUCUCAUGAGAAAAUGUUAGGCGAAAUUGCAAAGAUGGAGAAUGAACUGAGAGAGGUGAAGGAAAAGCUGUGUACUUUGACAGCCUCGGUAGGAGAAAGCAAGAAAGAAGGUCCGUUCAAUUAUUGCAUUUGACAGAACACAGUCCUAAUGCUUUAUGAACUGAGAGUUUAGGGCAAACACGAAGCAUACGCCAAGCUGUGCGCAGCACCGAAAAGCACGUGCAUACGUAAUGGUUUCAUUUCUCGAUCAUCGCUCUAAUAGUUAAGUUCUGAAGUAGUAGCGCUACGCAAUUUUCUGGCCGUGAAGUCAAGAAAACUACGAUCUAAGCAUGAUAAAUUCUACUGCGUGGGUUUCAUACACGUAAGUUACGGUUUUUUACUUCUAACAGCUUUUUUUUUUGCUUUUCCGAUUUCUCCAAAAUUUUAGCUUUUGUAUAGUUACGCGUUACACUCAGGUGUCAAUGGGUGAAAGCAAUCUUUUGGUACCUAUCUUUUACUGACUGUAUAAGGAGCUUGGAUCGCCCUCGAGUUAAUAGCAGACACGUACAAUCACGCCAGAAUCUACAGUCAACUGUGAACUCAAAUGCACUCGAUAAGCCGUGCUUACUUCUAGUAAAGUAAAAGUUUUUCUGCUCAUUGUUGCGUCGUCAUUUGACAGAUAUUUAACGUGUCCUGUACCUUACAUAUAAAUCAUCUUUUCUUAGGGAAAGUAAUUUUUCAAAUUUCUGAACUAGUCUCGGCAGUGUGCUUUGGUUUCCUUCAAGAAAUUAGUGCGGUGCGCAGGUGACAACUGGUCCUCACAAUUGCAUUACAAUUGCCGUUCUAAAA